CUCAUCUCAGCUCCCACAUUUGCCCGCUCAAAUCUCAAAUUCUCUCUCUCUCUCUCUCUCUCUCUCUCUCUCUCUCAACUAUACUGUAACCCUAACCCUCGAAAUCCUCUUUCGUUUUUCUCUUUUGUUUCUUCGAUCCAGCUCUAAUGGCGGAUUCAGAUCCAGCUCCAUCUCCUCAGCCCGUGCUGAGUCCUCUCUCCUCUAAAAAGAAUCAGAUACCAAUAAGCUCAAAGAUCGCAGAUCUGAAUGAAUCGAGAUCGGAGUUACUAUCUCGAAUUCAAGGGUUAAAACAGGAUUUGCAAAAUUGGAGAUCAAAGUUGGAUACACAAGUUAAGAUAUACCGUGAUGAACUUUCAGAGCUUAAGAAAACGCUCAAUGUCGAAGUGGAGCAGCUGAGAUCUGAAUUUCAAGAACUGAGGAGCACCCUUCAGCAGCAAGAAGAGGACGUCACAGCUAGUCUAAAGAAUCUGGGGAUGCAGGAUGUGCCUGGAGAUGCAACAGAGGUUCAGAACCCUGCAGUGGAAGAGAAUGCCGAAGAAGUUCGAGCGCCCUCAUCCAACGAAAAUGGUGAGGAAAUUCAACCUUAGAUGAUUUCACUUCAAGCAUUUUCCCUUAAAGCUUAGUACAAGGUAUAUGGUCGGCGGACUUUUAUCUUUUUCGAAAGACAGAUUCUUCUGGGCUUUUUAUGCAGUGUCGGAAGCAUGCAUGUGAUUUUCGUUGUAAGUUAGAAGGCUUUUGCCAUUGUAACCCCUGCAUUGUGAAAUGGAAAUCGGGUUUUUCAUGUU